CUCUCUAGGGAAAAGAGCUGUUGUACAAGGGAAAAAACACAUUUCCUUGCGGGUGAUUAUUUACGCACGGACACACAGGAAGCGAGCAAACCGUACGAUGGAUUUGUAUGAUGAAAUGUACGAAAUUAAAAAUGGCCGCGAGAUUGACGACAGUCCGCCGCCCGAUCUGGACGUUUCCGGUUCGCUGCAGUUUAUCAACCAGGAGGACGAAGACGACGAGGACGACGAGGACGAGGAAGGCCAUCCGGCUGGUCGUGAGCAGCGUAAGGAAAGCUUCAAUGAAAGCCAUCCGAUGAGUUUGCUGGAGGAAGGCACCAAGGUUGGACGUGUGGCUGCAGAACCGAAUCCGAAGCGUGAACAGCUGCGUAAGAACGAUUCCCUUACAGACAGCAGUGCCAGCAUGUCGGACGACGAGAAGGAACCGGUGAAGAAGCUGGUCGAGGAGAAGGAAUUUAACCCGAAGCUGUACGAAAACAUUGACGCACCGGCCGAGGUGCAGGAGCUGUUCCAGUACAUCUCGCGCUACACCCCGCAACGGAUCGCGAUCGAUUUUAAGCUAAAAAUCUUCAUACCGGAGUUUAUACCGGCGGUCGGGGAUAUCGAUGCGUUCCUGAAGGUUUGUCCGCCGGGCCCGGUGAGCGAGAAGAAAAGCAAGAAGCUGAAUGGGCACAUCCAAAAUUUGGGACUAAUGAUCCUCGAUGAACCGUGCGGUGAUCAGAGCGAUAGCGUGCUGCUCCAGAUGAAGCUACGCUCCAUAUUUACCAAACCGAUCGAAACACCGUCCGCGAUCGUGCGUAGCGCCCGGGACAUUGAUCGUUGGAUCACGGAGAUACAGGCGCUGCGGGCAAGCCAAUCGAUCCAGAGCGUUAAUGCACACAAGCAGCCGGUGGUCAACAUUGACAGUCUGAUGUCGGAGUGGCCGGAAGAGAUGGAACGGAUGCUGGAUGCGGUUGGCUUCCCGUCCGCCAAGCUGGACUGCAGUUUGGCGAGCUACAUUAAGAUUAUUUGUAACAUGUUCGACAUUCCGCUGCCGGCCGGCGAACGUCAGGCCGACUACAUCUACGCGCUGUACAAUCUGUUUAAUCUGUUUCUGGCCAUUAAGCAGCAGAACAGUUUGUAGGUCUGCUCGAUGGCCUGUACAAAACUUUAUUUAACACUUUUGCGUAUAAAUAACGCGAAAUGGGUAACAUUACAAGAGUAUUACAAAAUGAGAAAUCUUUGCCUUGUUCCGCUGCAGUUUUAACGCCUUUAAAAAAAGCCUCCAUUUGUAAUUUUUGUAUAACAUUUUGUAACAACAAUUUCUACUCUAAUGAAAAACCGAGCUCAAAAACUCA